AUGCCUUCAGAGCCCACCGCCUCAGGCAUUGUGACCGACGAGGCGAGCGGCGAGCGACACAUUCCUGAGUCAAGACGAGCUGACGGCAGCACAAGGAAAGCCAUCAAGAUUCGGCCCGGCUACCGCCCGCCCGAGGAUGUCGAGGUCUACAAGAACCGCAUCGCUGAGACCUUUCGCAAUCGUGGCAAGGGCCCUGUUCCGGGCGCCGAGGGCCUAAAAGACGACAAAGCGGCGCAGCCAUCUUCUGCAGCUGCCAACAAGAACGCCAAGCGGCGCGAGGCACGCAAAAAGGCCAAGGCCGCUGGGGAGUCUCCCGAGGAUGCGCCCGCAGAGGAAGUGAAGAAGGAGGAGCUUGACCUCGAGGCGGAGAAGGAGAAGAAGGUGCGGACCUUGAAGAAGAAACUCAGGCAGGCUAAGGAGCUGAAGGAGAAGAAAGAGGGCGGAGGGUCUUUGCUGCCGGAGCAGAUCGCCAAGGUCAUCAAGAUCAAUGAGCUCAUCCGGGAACUGGAUGCGCUAGGCUUCGAUUCCGAAGGGGAACCCAAAACUGAGGCGGCGGGUUCUGAAGGCACGAAGGAUUGUAGCUGA